AUGCGCCUCCACUUGGCCGCCAUCUCGACCCUAGCUGGCCUCACCCUUGCCCUGCCCAAGCCAUCGCAGGAUGCGACCGCGUCUUUUGAUAUCGUCAAGGGUGAGCGCGGUCUCGCAGACUUUGGCGAGGACGUCGUGGCACCCACAUCGUCGGAUGACGCGGAUUUCAUUGGCGCUGAGCCGCUCACUCCCGGGCAAGCUCGUUGGGACUUCGACAGGUCCGCCGAUGACCAGCCAGUGGGCCUGGAAGAAAUGCCCUUUGACGAAGAUGACCUUGAAGAGAUGGGCACCGCCCCGGGCGGCAACCAGCCCCAGUCGCCAGAGGAAUCGGCAGCAAUGCUUCAGCCAGCCAAGAGGAACCCACGAGGAGGAAGCAAAUCACCUGUUCGCUCCAACUGCUACAGGGAUAGCGACUGUGGAAAAGCGCUCCCUUACUGCUCUGAGAUAGACGCCAAGACGCGUCGGGGUUGGUGCUCCAGGAGCAAGUAUUGA